AUGGUCAUGGCACUCAGGCGGAUCCCUCUGGUCUUCUGUCUGGGACUGGUAAGUACAAGCCUUCACAUUUAUUCUGUGUAGUACUGACAUUGACCUCUUAUUAAGACUAUGAAUUCUCUUUAUUGAUUGAUGAAUGUACAUUCUGAUAUAUAUUUACCAGGCAGCAGCAAAGCUGUCAGGUGAUACAGGUAAGUCACAAUCUUUUUCAUGUAACUCUCUGUCACAUGGUAAAAAAAACAAACAAGCAAGUUAUUGGAUAUAAAUGACACUGAAGACUAUAUGAGGUUACUUUAAGUUAUAAUAAAUUUCCCUGCAAAUUCUGAAUCACUUGAUCUUCUGACAAUCUCAUGAUUCAAAUAUUGUCCACUAAGCAUUACCUGACUGCACUAUUUGUUCUUAUGUUUGUAUUUGUAUCUGUACACUAGCUCACUGAGGGAAGAUCUGCUGACUUACUGACUUACCUCUACAAAUUUAAGAAAUUAUGUCAAAUGAAAACAUUUUAUAGCAUACAUCCCAGAUUUGAAAUAGUCAUUCAUGUUCAUGCAGCAGGGUUCAUAGCAACAUUAAAUCAAUGAAUCAGGUACUGUAGUUUUGCGCCUACUUUAACAAUGUUUUAUUUAUCUACAGAAAUAGACGUUGACAACGGCCGUGACUGGGACAUCUUUAACAUCAACAAAGGUUUGUGUGCUUGAUUGUAAAAUUAUGCAACAGUAAGUCUAAAUACUUGCAUCAACCAAUACCAUGUUUCUUUGCAGCUGCUGGGCUAGACCUGCUGGAGGGAGACAUCGAACAAGAUGAGGUACAAUUAUUUGGAGAUUGCCAGCAUAUAGUGCCCUGGUUUUACAAAAGAAAAGGCCAACAGUCCACGAACAGAUAUUAAACCCUUGUUAUUUUUGUAUGGCAGCUUAGUAAGGCCAGCAGUUGCAAUAACACAAAGUUAAAACACUUUGUAGAAAAAUUUCUACUCAACUAUUUCCAUCAGACAUUCAGCAGAAACACCAUCUUGGGUGAUGAGUAUCGCUGGCCAACCACCAUUCCCUACUACCUUGAGAACAACUUGGGUAAGACACUGUGCUAUAUUGAGGCUCAUACUCACAGUCAUUUCCCAUAAAUGCACUUGUACUUAGGUAUGUUUUUUAUGGUUUUCUGUGUCUCAUACUUUGUAAUGUUUAGAAAUGAAUGCAAAGGGAGUGAUCCUGAAGGCGUUAGAGCAGUACAGACUGAAGACCUGCAUCGACUUCACACCAUGGAGGGGAGAGCAGAACUACAUCUCUGUGUACAAAGGGAGUGGGUGAGCCAACUCUGAACAGCUCCUGUGGCUUACACUUUCACAUUGCUCUGCCCAAUUUUUUGGUUUCUUGCUUGGAAAUGGAUUUGGAUGCACAUUCAUUACCCUCAAAGACACCAUGGCUUUAGGGACACCAUGGACUCUAUUUUCGUGCCCGCCGGGUGCGGCGAAGGGUGGCUAUUUGGUAUUUUCGUAAACUGAGGCGUACCGAGGUCCGCCAAGCUGGGUGUGGUGGCGCAGGGAGGUGUUGACAUAAUCAGCUGGCGCAGUGACAUUUUAGUGCCCGCUGGUGGCGUAAAAAGUGCGCUGAAAGCUCACCGAUUCAAACCUGGUCAGCUUUCAGAGUUGGUCUAGUGGUAUUUUGGUAGACCGGCGUCGUAGUGUGCACACUUCACCACUGCCUCACAGGCAGGUUUCCACAAUGUCAGGCACAUUUCAGUGCAAUAGAUAAUCAACCACAACCAAUAUUCAGUGCAACUAUCUGAGUCAGCACAUACAUUUAGAUCAAUAUCAAUAUAUUCUGAUCUAUAUCUCAUCUGAUGAGCGCAUUUGGCAGGCAUUUGAACAGUCAACGUGACCAAAUUAACACAGCAGAAACUGCAUUAAUUCAGAUAUCCAGUAAAAAGUCACACAUAAUGAAAUUAACAAGAAAUUUAAUUUGUCCUCCACCCCCUUUCUCUCUUCCUCUUCUCCCUAGCGCAGCUCGACUCAGACAUGUUGCCAUGUCCUCUUCCCGUCCUGCUGCUGCAAGGCUUAUUUAUUUUGAAAAGUUGAACAAAAAAAUAAAAGAAAUUUUCAUUUAAAAUUACCAAUUCAUCUAAUGUUCUCACAGAGUUAUGGCCACAUACAAAUAUUAUAAUAUUUAGUUGCGUGAGCCAAGUUAAUUUUAUAUGCCAAUAUCAAUAAAAGAAAGAGUGUGAUGCAUCUUUUACGCACAGGUGGUUCUGAUUUUAAUGCCAGUAUUGGAAUUUGUUUACGUUGUGAUCUGUGCGCACAACCCACCUUUGUCACUCGGGGUUUAAAUAUAUGUAACUUGAUGUGAUUGUCUUUAUUUGUCGAAAAGGGUGUUUGUCUUAAUAGUGGGUACACACACCAAAUCCAUCUGUGCUUAUUUAAGAGAGUGUGGACGACACCCUCCAUAGCACCUACCGCAACACUUGUUGAGGGGCUGCCUUCUGUGGCCAUCAUGUGGCAUUGCUGUCUUCAGCCAUCUCUCGAUCUCUUCGACUUCUUUACGAAAAUUGUAAUACGCCUCGCCGGUGGCGGAUUUGAAGGUGAGAAGAGGAGCUGUUGUCAUUGGUGAAAACAGAACUAGGCUGUGUCAAACACACUCCAGGCCUUAUCCCCUCCCUCUCUACUACAUAUGCUGCUUGGAGGAGCUGAGUUAGGGAGGGGCAAUACUUAUGCUGGGCUGCGCUGCCACCAAAAUAACAAAGUGUACUUGGUCACGCCUCAUCAGCGCAGCGGACCUGACUUAUGCGACGCCUACGCCACACCGCCGGUGAGGCAUGAAAUAAGAGCCCUAUGGCUUUAGAGACCACUGUCACUUGUCACACAUCUUGCUUCCUCUCUCUGUAGAUGUUCCUCUUCUGUAGGAAACCAGCACAAGGGAAAGCAGCGGCUCUCCAUUGGUAAAAACUGUGAUAAACUGGGAACUGUUGAGCAUGAGUUCCUGCAUGCUUUGGGCUUCUGGCAUGAGCAGUCAAGAGCUGACCGGGAUGAUUAUGUCCAGAUCAUUUGGGAUCACAUUGAACCUGGUAACACUGUCACAUACAAACUGUAACUACAUGCAGGGGCGCUGCAAGGGAUUCUGGAAUCCAUGAAAAGAAGUUAUACAGGGUCCCCAACACAGAAGGCCAAAUUUUUGAUGCUUUUUUACAUAAAACUAUGCAUUUUUAUGUUACUAGUUUCUGUACACUCAUUUAGUCAAUCCUCCACAUCUGAAUUCCCUCAAUGAACAUGUAAACUGCUCUUAUUGGAUUGAAAUCAGUCACCCCAGUCGACUGCACACACAACAUAAUUUUCCGUUCUGUUCCUAUUGCACUUAUUCUAUUUCAAUGGUAGCUGAAUUAAAACAAAAUAAAAACAGUUGUGCUUUUUAAACCAUUAAAAUUGUUCAUAAUUAUUUUUAUUUUAAUAUUUACCUUUACAACAGAUUUAUCUUUUUUCUGUGUAUUGUUUUGUGACUGUGAUUAAGAAUAUUAUGAUUAAUCCAAAACACACAGCUGCUCACCUCCUUCCUCAUGUGGGGGCACUGGGGGGCUGGUGGAGUUGGGGACUGACAGACAGCUGCUUCUGUUUAGAAGGAGGCAUCGUUUUGACAGAGGGGAGGUCAACUAAUUGAAUAUAAGCAGCGAGUUUCUUGAGCUGACAUGGGUAGAAAAGUGAGCUAGCUUAAAAACCAUAUACAAGGACAAAGUUAAUAUUACAUAGCUUUCCACUACAUGAACCACUCAUAAACCCACCUUUCAUUGUGAAAUACUGUGUGACAUGCUGUCGACCGUUUAGUUCUUUCUCCUCUCCUAGUUUCCUUUCUUUGUAUUUUUGGCUGCCUAAUUUUUUUUAUAUUUAUGAUAUCUUUACUACCACUCCUUAGCCGCUCUGGUUCAGGCGACUGUGACAUACAGCUGCGCUGCCAGCAGCUGAUUCAGUCGGACUGAACCAUUUUACAUAAAUAGAGAGAGGGGGCCGCGGCCAUUAUAGUUUCCAAAACAAAAAAAAGUUAUUGUAACCAGGACGCUGUAUAUAGAAUAUCUGUGAUUAAACAUUACUUAUAACUUAGAGUCAUGUUAUUCUAUUUCAUUAUAUCUUUAUUAGGGGCCUCUCUGGGCCCCUCUCAAUCAUGGGCCCUUAUAAUCCUUCUCUUUUUUCCCCCCUUGUCGGCGCCCCAGACCACAUGUAAUAUAACACAGCUGGAAAAUGUGUAAAACAAUUUAAAAAGUUUUCUGAUGUUUUAUUUUUUUGUCCAGGCAAAGAGCAUAACUUUGACAUACAAAAUGACACAGUGUCUAGUGCCCUGGGUGUUCCCUAUGACUACGGCUCAGUGAUGCAUUACAGCAAGUCGUCCUUCAGCAUUGACUCUGAUCCCACUAUCAUCACCAAGAUCCCCAAGUUCAUGAAUUUGAUUGGUCAGAGGAUGGGCUUCAGUGCCAGUGACCUGACAAAACUGAACCGCCUCUACAACUGCAGUGAGUAAUCUCAGCCUUUUAUUUCCUUUUUUAAAAAGUGGGUCACAGAGGGAACAACAUGGUACAGACCAUUAAGUACUGAACUUUUUAACCUAAUAGAAGACACAGAUAGAGGCUUCUAACAUCACCUGCCCAAGAGCAUGUAAUAGAUCACAGUAAACACAGAUGUUUAUAGCUAAUUGAGGGCAAUGUUAAAAAAAAAUCAUUCACAAAGUUUCCCCUGAUACAAUAAAGCAAAAGUUCUUACAUGGCCAACAAGUUAAUAAGUGCUUUGCUAACCUGUGUGACAUAAGCUACCAUGUAAAAGUCAACCUGUUGGACUGCUGGUGAUGUCCAAUAAAACCAUGCAAGAUAUAUCUGAAUACUACAUACACCUUAAUAUAACUAACCCACGCAAAACUGGCUUUUACUGACAAGAUGCUUCUUGAGUUUGUUGACAAAUGCCUCACUUACUUUGUUAAUCUCUUAUGUAGCCACAAUGGCCAUCUUACAGUUACUAUUCCUGUCUUACUUAUUCAGCACAACAAUUUGCAGAAUAAGUCUUAAUUCAGUUUCACCUCAAGGGAAAAACUAGUACCAAAAUAAGGCAUCAAAGGACAGAUGCUGACAACAUUGCAUAUUCGCUGCAUUUGUUGCUGCAAUGAUUUUCCUUCUCUCAAUUUAGCACAAAUCAUCUAAAAAUUAUUGCAAUGUUUUUAGAGUAAAAAACACAAGUAUGAUUUAAUGAAACGCUGCUGGUCUAGUAGUAUUUUGGUAGACCCGCAGCGUAUCAGCAUACGUCACUGAUGCCUCACCAGCAGGUCUUCACAGUGUCAGGCACAUUUCAGUGCAAUAAAUAAUCAUCAACAACUAUUAAUCUGAGUUAGCACAUACAUUUAGUUCUACAUCAAUGUAUUCUGAUCUAUAUCUGAUCUGAUGAGCGCGUUUGGCACGCGUGUGGACACACAACCUGACCGAAUCAACACAGCUGAAACCGCAUUAAAUUGAAUUAAAUAUCUAGUAAACAGACACACAUGAUGAAGUUAUUUACUUUAAGCCUACAUACAGAUAUUAUAAUAUUCAUUUUUGUGAGGUAAAUUUAUUUUUUAUGCCAACAUAUAUGAAAGAAAGAGCCAGGCCACGGAGCGCAAUGCGUCAUUUACGCACAGAUGGUUCCGAUUUUAAUGCCAUUUUUGGAGUUAAUGUUGUGAUCUGUGUGCACAACCCACCUUUGUCACGUGAGGUUUGAAUAUAUGCAACUUGAUGUGAGUGUCUUUAUUUGUGGAAAAGGUUGUUUGUCUUACAAGUGGGUCCAACAUUACACAGACCAAAUCCAUCUGUGCUCAUAUGAGAGAGUGUGGAGGACGCCCAAUGCAAAGCUUACAGUGACACUUGUUGAGGAGCUGCCCUCUGUCGCCAUCUUGUGGCAUUGCUGUCUUCAGACAUCUCUUGAUCUCUUUGACUACUUCACAAAAAUGGUAAUACACCUUGCCUGUGGCGGAUUUAAAGGCAAGGAGAGGAGCUUCUGUGAUUGGUGAAAACAGGUCUCGGCUGUGUUAAACCCAUUCCGCGCCCUAGCUUCUCCCUCACUACGACUUACGCCGCUGGGAGGAGCUGAGUUAGGGAGGGGGGAUACUUACGCCGGGCUGCACCGCUCACCAAAAUACCAAAUUGUGCUUGGGAACGUCUUGUCAGCGCGGUGGACCUGACUUACGCCGCGCUUGCGGCACGUCUCCGGCGAGGCAUGAAUAUAGAGCCCAUGAUGUCUUUAUGAAAUGACUACAAGAGCAGAGCAAGAAUCCUAAAAUCAAAUAAAUAUAUCUGCCCAAACAGCAGGUUAGAUACUUGAGUAGUUGCUAAAGGAAUUAACCCUGUUACCUCCAGAUGUUAAACUGGCUUGGCAAUAUAAUGAAACAUAUAAUGCUGCUGUAAUUGUUACAUCAGAGGUCUGUACUGACACAAAAUGCUGUUUGAGAUAUGACAGUUUCUUAUGCAACACCCUAAUCACUCUGUGACUGAUUCUUGAAUGACUUAACCAUUUGAAUGUGUUAUUUAUGCAAAAAUCUAAUGUAGUACACCACAUUUUCACAACUCUACAGGUAAAAGAAAAAAUAAACAGUAAAUCAAAGACUCUUCAUGAAAUAAUACAGCUGAUUUGUUUUUGUUUUUAUCUCCACAGCCAUGUCAUCUACCUUUGUGGACAGCUGUGACUUUGAGGAGGACAACAUCUGUGGGAUGAUUCAGGGUCCUGGAAACAGACACUGGCAGCAGCUUAGCUCUGUUAGUGGAGGGCCUCAGACUGACCUCUCCAACACAGGACAAUGCAAAGGUAGGGUCUGUAUUUGCCGUUCAAAUAGCUAGUUGCUGGAUGAUAAAUCUGGAAUCUAAAACCUCUCUUUCUAAAUAAACGACUCAACUGGUUCUGGAUAUUCCCCCUAUGAUGGCGACAGUAGAACAUUUUUUUAUGACCGCAGACUGUACACAUUAACAUCUCUGUGUAGUUGCUGUUGCUCAUUUAACAGUUAUAUAAAAAAGCUGACAUCCUUAUCUUAUCCAUUUGAAGUCUAAGGAUAUUUCAAAGUAAAGUUUCCUUGUUCAAGGUAUAUCAUAUAAAUUAUGGCUCAAACAUCCUUCAGUUCUGUCUUUCCCUCCUUACAGGAAAAGGCUUCUUCAUGCACUUCAGCACAGUGUCUGCUGAACCUGGAGACCAUGCAUUUCUGGAGAGCCGUUGGCUUUACCCCAAACCUGGAGCCCAGUGUCUGCAGUUCUUCCUUUAUAACAGCGGUGCAAGCGAUGAUGUUCUUAAUAUCUGGGUACGAGAGUAUGACCAGGAAAACCCCAGUGGUAGAAUGAAGCUCUCCAAGAGUAUCUCAGGUAAUAAAUGUGAAAUAACAUGCAUAUGCCAGAAUUAACUGUAAGGAAUUUACCCCUCCAUGACUACAGUGGCUCCACAUAACACUUUGACUGCAUUAAUAUUUACCAGGGUUUGUUUUCAACCAGUUCAAGUAAAUAUAAUUUGAUCAAAGUUAUUUAGAGAUUUUAGCCGUGACCACCAGAAACCAGUACGUCAUCUUUGUAGGUGGAGUCAUGGGCUCCUGGGAACUGCACAACAUCGAGCUGGAUGUGAAAAACAAGUCCCGUGUGGUCUUUGAAGGGGUACGGGGAAAUGGUCCAUCCACAGGAGGUUUCUCCUUGGAUGACAUUAAUCUGUCAUCCACCAAGUGUCCUCAGCACAUCUGGCACAUCCGCAACAUAACUCGCUUGAUGAACACCACACCAGUAGGAAGUAAACUUUACAGCCCUCGAUUCCUGUCACCAUCAGGAUACUCAUUCCAGGUGAAUGGUACACUUGUAUUUCAUCCCCUCACUUUUAAGUGUAUGAAUAUGUUAAUAUAUGUUAAUAUGUUAGCUAACUUUUUAAUCAAAACAUCUGCAGCUCAAGUCUCAACUUCAAAGUUUUUUGGUUUUGGAGAGGUGAAAUCCAUAGACUACAACUGUUCAGCAUGUUUACUGUUGCUGAGCAAUAACUGGAUAUUCUUUUCACCGGGGAGGCAUGACGCAAAUCAUUUAUUACAAGAUUUUUUUUUAAAAGCUGUCAUGCACCCAGACUGACAAACUUAGCAGAUUCAAACACUGAGGCAAAAAUUUUACAAUUGCAAGAUAGUAACACAGUAAGAUAAGAUAAGAUACUCCUUUAUUAGUCCCACAAAGGGAAAUUCCCAUUUAAUGGCAGUGCAAUAGAGUGGUUGGCUACUUUUUACUAGUUGCUUUCUUCAUUUUGACCAUGACUUCUUUGGUCUGUAGGUGGGUGUGUAUCUUAAUGGAAGAAGUGACUGUCCAGGCUACAUGGCCAUCUUCCUCCAUCUGACUUCAGGCCCAAAUGACCACAACCUUAAGUGGCCGUGCCCGUGGCAAAUGGGGACUAUGGCCCUGAUGGAUCAGCAGUCUGAUGUCAGACAGCAGAUGAACAUGCACCACAUGGUCACCACAGACCCCAACAAGAUGUCGUCUGAUGGUAUGGACCUGUUCUGCCAAAUAGUGUAAUAGAUUAACGAGAGGAGAUAAUCAUUCAACUCUCACAAUAUUUUAACUCUGACCAUGAACAUUUUCAAAAACCCAACCAUGUAGGAUUUUGAGCAUUAAUACAGCCACGUGAUUGGCUAUUAGGAUGUAACUGAUAGGCAGAGGCUGCACUACAGAGAGCCAAUCAGUCCUAACUGAUCUCAUUCACAUUCCUUAAGCUAUGCUAAGUGCAUGUGGUUUGGUCUGGUGAGUACUGCAUUAUACUGCAAGCCCUCUGAUUGAUGUCAGUCAUCACUUCCAAUUCAGAGAAAACUGACUUCCCCACUGAGCUACAGCUACUCAGGAGAAAACCACGAUUGAGGUCAAAUAAAAGGAAUUCAUCCAAGUGGACUUUUACUUUGGAUGAGAGCAGAAAUUUCUCUUACUUCUGGGUGAAAAAAGGGUCCUUGUAGAAAGUCCUCAUAGCAGAUUUAUAGAAAGUGUGCAUGCUCUGAAUGACAGCUAGUCAUAGAAGAGAAGAACAGGAUUUCACUGAUAUGAACCAAGUUUGGUGAGACAUACUUGAAGGGUGUCUUAUUCAUUUUCUAACACUACAGCCAGUCUUCAUAUUUGUUAAACUGGAUUUUUCCCCCAACAGGAAGUGAGUACUACUGGGAUGACCCCAGAAAGGUGGGCUCUAAAGUGACCUCAUCAGAUGGCAGCUCUUACUAUCGAGGCCCAGGUUGGGGGAUAAACACCUUCAUCACCCACAGCAGACUGAAGAGCAGAAACUACAUCAAAGGCGAUGAUGCUUUCUUCCUCCUCAGUCUGGAAGGUGUGGAGUCUCUCAGACACAGGAUAGGACCAGGACUUUAAACACAAAUGAACCCUCAACAAAGAUCCUCUGUCUCUUUUUGUCUCUAGAUAUUUCUGAUCUGCUGGAGUCUCAGCCUCCUCCAGAUGAUGCCAUGUUGAAGGCUGCAGACCAAGAUGCUCCACAGAGGGCUGCUAAUAACCCAGCUGUGGUAACAGCCAUCGCAGGGACUGUGGGGGCAGUCACAUUGCUGCUUUGUGCGCUGAUCUUGGCAAAAACCUGGAAGAUAAGCAGGUGAGGGGGCAUGCCAGGGUUCAUGGGAGGGAUUGUGGUCUUAGGAUUAGCCAAGAUAAUAGAAAUCUAGGCUUAUAAUAUUUCACAGUGCUGAUUUAGGCCAUGCAUCUGAAGCAAAGUGCCAUGUCUCCAAUAUUAAAUGUGUCUCUGAUAUUUUUUACAGGAAAACCCAACAAAAGGGUUACCGUUCUCUCUCAGUCAAUGACGUCUGAUCCAAGAAGGAGCAUGCUGUACUUUCUACAUCAUCUGAAGACACAAAAACAGGCAAAUCCCUUUCUUUUUUUCAAAUCUUUUUGCAUAUGCUGUUUUUCAUGUUUCCAGCCUUUCAGUUCUGAAGUUAUCCUGUCAAUACUUUUUCUUUCUACUUCAUUUCACAAGCACCACCAGAUAGUUCUAACUCUUAUCUUCAGAGCAGCAAAACAAACACUGAAAUGGACUCUAUAAAGGUGGGCAAUGGCAGCAUGGCGCUUCUCAUACUGGACUGUGUAUUUUUGUGUCUAUUUUGCCAGAAGGUUAUCUUGUUAUCAUGAGAAACCAAGCUUUGUGUACUGAAGAUAAUGAGAAACAUUUAUCAUAUACAAAAAAGCAUUACAGUAUAGUGGUAUUUUUAUUUUGUCUUUUCUGAGUCGUUUUGUUUUAUAUAGGAAAGUGUAUGGAAAUGUGUAUGUGUGCUGUCUUUGUGCAUGUUUUUAACUCACUGCAAAUGAAUUUCCUCACGGGGCAAUAAAUUCUACCUACCUACCUACCUACCUAUUAUCCUAGAUUAUUCAUGACUGCAUAUCAGAUUUAAAACAGCUUCUGGUGUGUUAUUGAUAUAAACUCUGAUUUUUAGGUUAAAAGCAAUAUUAAAACAACAGCCAUGUUCACAAUACCCAAUAUAUAUAUUGUUUUAAUGUCAUGGAUCAAUUCAGAAUUUGUCUGACUCAUUUUUCUGACUGGGAUAAUCAUGUAUAUUACAUUAAAAUGUGCAUAGAACAAUAAAUGUUGUCAUGAUAUUGUGUUUUACCAGAUGCACAAAAGAGCCAACAACAUGCACUUGACACAAUUUCAGUCUAAUGAGUUCCCAAUGAAAUGGUUAAACACACUGAUUGCAUUGUUUACAGUUAUAUGUGUGAAAUAACCUGCUAAUGGUACUGAUUUGGUCUUAAAAGUUGACCGGAAGUGCUCUUACUUUGAAACACCAAGGAAAUCUUUUCAGUGUUGUUAUUGUUGCUGUUCAUAUUAAAGAACCGGUGAUUGUUGUUCCAAAUGAAGCCACAUAAGGUCUCCAAACAUCUCUUUUUUUUUCUUUUUUUUAGUCUGUGAGCAUUCAGAAAUGAAAAACAUGUACUGCAACAAGUUCAAACCCAGACUAAGGCUAAAAAGGACCGGUGGCAGCAUAUUUAGUUUGGCCUCAACAUUAAUACACACAGAACUCAGUGUGUUUUAGGAAAUUUUUGGAGGUCUGAACAGUCCUACACUGAUCAUGCCACAUGUAUAGCUUUCUUUUUGUCUCUCACGUUUACAAAACCAAAUUCCAUUGAAGUUGGGAAAUUGUGAUAAACAUAAAGAAAAACAGAAAAAUGAUUUGCAAUUCCUUUUCAAACUGUAUUCAUUUUGAAUACACUUUUUUUGCAAAUAAUAAUUAACUCAGAAUUUCAUGGCUGCAACACGUGCCAAAGUAGUUGGGACAGGGGCAUGUUUACCACUAUUUUCCAUCACCUUUCCUCUUAACAACACUCAAUAAACAUUUGGGAACUGAGGAGACUAAUUGUUGAGGCUUUGAAGGUGGAAUUCUUUCCCAUUUCUACCUGACGUACAGCUUCAGUUGUUCAACAGUCCAGGGUCUCUGUUGUUGUAUUUUAUGCUUUAUAAUGCGCCACACAUUUUCAAUGGGAGACAGGUCUGGACUGCAGGCAGGCCAGUCGAGUACCCGCACUCUUUCACUACGAAGCCACACUGUUGUAACACGUGCAGAAUGUGGCUUGGCAUUGUCUUGCUGAAAUAAGCAGGGCUGUCCAUGAAAAAGACAUUGCUUGGGUGGCAGCAUAUGUUGCUCCAAAACCUGUAUGUAUCUUUCAGCAUUAAUUUUGCCUUCGCAGAUGUGUAAGUUACCCAUGCCUUGGGCACUAAUGCACCCUCAUAUCAUCACAGAUGCUGGCUUUUAAACUUUGCAUUGAUAAUAGUCCGGAUGGCUCUUUUCCUCUUGGCCCGGAGAACAUGACGUCCACUAUUUCCAAAAAAAACUUGAAAUGUGGACUCGUCAGACCACGGAACACUUUUCCUCUUUGCAUCAGUCCAUCUUUGAUGAGCUUGGGUCCAGAGAAGCCGGCGGCAUUUCUGGAUGUUGUUGAUAAAUGGCUUUCGCUUUGCAUAGAAGAGUUUUAACUUGCACUUACAGAUGUAGCGACGAACUGUAUUUACUGACAGUGGUUUUCUGAAGUGUUCCUGAGCCCAUGUGGUGAUGUCCUUUACACACUGAUGUUGGUUUUUGAUACAGUGCCGCCUGAGGGAUCGAAGGUCACGGGCAUUUAAUGUUGCUUUCUGGCCAUGCCGCUUACAUGCCGUGAUUUCUCCAGAUUCUCUGAACCUUUUGAUGAUAUUAUGGACCGUAGAUGUUGAAAUCCCUAAAUUCCUUGCAAUUGUACUUUGAGAAACGUUGUUCUUAAACUGUUUGACUAUUUGCUCAUGCAGUUGUUCACAAAGUGGGGAACCUCACUCCAUCCUUGCUUGUGAAUGACUGAGAAUUUUUGGGGAAGCUGCUUUUAUACCCAAUCAUGGCACCCACCUGUUCCCAAUUAGCCUGCUCACCUGUGAGAUGUUCCAAGUAGGUGUUUGAUGAGCAUUCCUCAAAUUUCUCUGUAUUUUUUUGCCACCUUCCCAACUUCUUUGUCACGUGCUGUUGCCAUCAAGUUCUAAAGUUAAUGACUAUUUGCAAAAAACAAUAAAGUUUAUAAGUUUGAACAUGAAAUAUGUUGUCUUUAUAGUGUAUUCUAUUGAAUAUGGGUUGGAAAGGAUUUGCAAAUCAUUGUAUUCCGUUUUUAUCUACGAUUUACACAUCUUACCAACUUCAUUGGAAUUGGGUUUUGUUCAUGAUGUUUUAGAAUAAUGACAUAAACACCUCAAUCCAGCAUGACAGUCAGUCAUUUGUUCAGACAAAAAAGAGACAGUCAAAUACGAGUUAAAGCCAACAUCAUUUUAUUACACAUUAGCAUGCAUGUGUGCUGUGACAAACAUACACAGUUUCAUACAUGUUGCCUGUGUGUCACAUACAACGACCUCCUCACAUUGUGCCUCAUGUUUUAUUUUCCACCUUUCUAAUUUAAACAGUUUGAUCUCAUGUGGCAGCCGGGGGCGGGGUUAACGGAGAAUGGAAUUUGGAAGAAGAUGUAGUACAAUACUGUAACCCCUAUUUACCGAUUCACCAAUCAACUACUGAUUACUGAAUAUAAUUUGAUUUUGUUGCUGACAACGCCACCCCAGGAAUUUCACCUGGAGAGUAGAAUUACCCCUGAAUAUAAAACUAGGGCACACACAGGUUCGUCUGCCAGUGAAGACAGGAGGCUGUGGUCCAGUGUACAAAUACGUUGAAUUUUAUUCGACAAUGUUCACCAAUGACAAAGUUGAUAAAAUAUUUUUUCACACAAACACACACACACACUUCUAUAACAACAAUGUUGCCUAUAAAAUUGUUGUGCAAAUAGCAAACACUGGCUAAAUCAAAAAUAACCACAAAUAUUAAAUAAAGAAAACUAGCAAGCAAAAAAAGGAAGAAAAAUAACUCAAAAUAUUUAGAAAUGACCAAACCAAACAAACAUGCAAAUAAACCAAAUACUAAUAACUAACAAAACAAAGUACUCAAACCGGAAAAACUAAACACAAAAACACUCAAAUCACAAAAUAAUAUCAAAUGAUUUAAACCAUAAUAGACUAAAUGCCAACAAAAUGAGGAAGCUGAGGCAACAGGUUACCAAAAUAAAACGUGGUCUCAAGGGUGUUGACGUCACCUCAUAUGAAGCAGAACGCCAUCAAAUCAAAGUUAGAUGCCGAUAGUGACGGCCUUACCAAAGGCGAUGAGACAGGAGUACAGUAAAGCAGGUAGCAGCGGUAGCAGAAACAACCACAGCAGCAGCACAGGAGCAAACCAGCAGCCCAGAAGCCGACAGCAGCACAGAAGCCGGCAGCAGCACAGGAGCAAACCAGCAGCCCAGAAGCCGACAGCAGCACCGAAGCAGAACAGCAGCACAGCCGAUAGCGGCCCGAGAGGAGGGAGGAGAGUUUAGGGCAGCCCGACCGGCUCACACACACAAAGACUAAUGUGAGAAAAAUAUAAUUUAGCACCACGGCUUAAUAAUGAUAGCAUGAGUUGCAGUCAUUUAAAACACAUACCGUCAGCAAGUUGAAUGAACCUCACGAGGGCGAGGGAACGAGGCACCCGAAGCGCCACAGAGAACUAUCAACGGCCAAUCAGCUAAUCAACCCCAGCUGUGUGGGGAUGCAGGAAGACACACUUUGGGUCCCGCAAUCGGUUCGAUGCAGGAGAGAGAAGACCAAGUGAGGAACUGUUGGAGACAAAAGCCAACCCUGACGGCAACCGCAAAACUUUUAAAGCGAUGAAAUAAAGUAUGUGAUUGACAUACCAGGAGCAGCGAACUAAGCACACAGCACAAUCCGGCAGCGAGGCGAUCAGGUACGGUGACCAGGUGUUGCAUUUAUACGGAGAGAGCACAGCUGACAAGAGCUCUGAGCAGAGGGAGAGGGCUCGCAGGGAGCAAGCACCCACAUUUAAAGACUAUGACCCCCUGAAGGCAUAGGCCGAGACUGCAGCCUAAUCAAGAUACAGCUGGGCUGUCGGCCCAUACUGCCACACUCACAAAGAGAUCUCCCUCCUACAAUGAGCUGGUAUUUGAUACCUCUUAGACAGUGGUAUUGUUUAAUGAGUGUGUUUGAAUGUUUCUGCACAUUGUGGUCAAGUUACAGUGCUUUACCGUUUCUUUGAGAUGAGGAAUUUGAAAACUGCAUGUUGACUAUUUGCUCAAAAUAAUAUUGAAAAUCUAUAAUGCCUUUUUUUUUAACAGACAAUAUAACAUUUUACAUUUCAAAAAAUUGAGGAAUGGUCUGAUCCAACACACAUUAAUGUCCAUUCUCAUUGGAUAAAAUCAGCUCCAUUAGUGAGCCCAGCUUAUGUGUAUAGCCCCUGUACUGUUUUCAGUGGUCUGGGUGGAGAAUGUACCAAGAAAGUUUUAUGUUAUUGUUAUGUCCAAAACUCACAAAAUGACUGCAUCUUCCAUAAGUGGGACUAUAACCCACCCCAUGUUUAAAUAAAGGACUGUGACUGGGUCAGUAUUCUGGACUUAGAGGGGAAAGAGUUGAGAAAGAAAGCAGCUUUAGACCCACGUGACAACAAAAAUGAAUAUGAGCAUUACAUUUAUAGUUGACAGAGUUAAUGAAUUUAACUUUGGGUAUAAAUACAGUUCUUGUAGUGUAUUGUACACUGUUGAAUUUUCUGCAGCUUGAGAUCAAUGCAUUCAUUCAUCACUCUGCAUCCUACACAAAGUUAUUAUGAAAAAUUAUAUUUCAAAGCAAAAUCAAUUUCAUCCAAAGGCAUCGACCGAAACCAUGCAACAUAGAACGUCCUUGCAGUGACUACAUGCUAAAAGAGCCAAUCAUUUUUCUGACCUUGAUUAUGUCAUGUAACUAGCAACACAACUUAACUAGUUUUCAAUGACUGAAGCCGGGUAACUUCCAGCAUGGCUUGAUUGUCUGGUUGAUUUCAUGAUUCAUCACUUUAUGGUUCACAACAGGAGAAAAAGGGUAUAAAGAAAUGAGCAUUAAAUUUCCAGGUGAAAACUUUAAUUGUCAAAGUUUUGUGAACAGGGGCCACAGUAUUUGUGUGAAUCAGCUUUUUUACUCUCCAGCCGUUCCUCAGAAUCAGCUGGCGCAGUGACAUUUUCUUGCUCGCCGGUGGCGUGAAAAGUACGCUGAAAGCGCGCCGAUUCAAACCUGGUCAGCUUUCAGCGCAGGCGGAGCACAGCUGGUCUAGUGGUAUUUUGGUAGACUGGCAACACAUCACGCAUACGUCACUGAUGCCUCACCGGCAGGUUUCCACAGUGUCAGGCACAUUACAGUGCAAUAAAUAAUCAUCAACAACUAAUAUUCUGAAUCAGCACAUACAUUUAGAUCUAUAUUGAUAUAUUCUGAUCUAUAUCUUAUCUGAUGAGCACGUUUGGCACGCAAUUGGACACUCCAACUAACCGAAUUAACACAGUUGAAACCGCGUUAAAUAAAAUAUCCAGCAAACACAUGAUCCUUUUAGUGAUCCCCUGCAUCCUACCCACUCAUUAGCUUCUUAAAGUGAAAAAAAAUUAUCUCAUAUUUAAAAAAAAAACAAGUAUUGGAUCAUGACAACAGGUCAAAUGGAGCAGCAAACUUUCGUUCUGUUUUUAGGUAUUUAAAAAAUACACACACAGAGGUGUACUUGGGUAUAUAAACUGUACAGUAAGCUGUUAAGGUAGAGAACAUUAUAUUUUUGGGGCAGCAAAUAUUCCAAAUCAGAGGGCUAUUAUUUUUCGGCAUAUCUGAAUAGCCUGAAUGAAAUCAUUAAAGGCACAUGCUUUAGAAUCAGUCCAAUGGUAAGGAAAACUUGGAAAAUACACCUUGUUGUGUACUUUCAACCGCGCUCCCGUCAGGGGGUGCAUUCUACAGCAGGGGUACAUUCUAUGGCCUGACGUCUCUUCGUGUCCUCUCUCCAUCCUGCUGCUGCUGCGGUGGCAUGGCUAACCAGAUAAUUUAUUUUAGUGAUCAGAUGAGUUAUUUCAAAAAUUUGAACAAAAAAAUAAAAUGAAAUAAAAGAAACUUUUACUCAAAAUUCCCUGUCUGAUUUCCUCACAGAUUCCUCAAGAUUCUGUAAAUAUUCAAUCCGGAGUCAGGCCCACAUACGAAUAUUAUAAUAUUCAGUUUUGUGAGCCAAAUCUAUUUUAUUUGCCAACAUCUGUGAAAGACAGAGCCAGGCCACAGAGUGCGAUGCGUCCUUUAUGCACAGAUGGUUCCGAUUUGAAUGCCAUUAUUGGAAUUCAUGAUGUGAUCCGUGCGCAAAACCCACCUUUGUCAUGUGGUGUUUAAAUAUAUGCAACUUUAUGUGAUUGUUGCCAUCGUGUGGCAUUGCUGUCUUCAGACAUCUCUUGAUCUCUGUGACUACUGCACGAAAAUUCCAACGGAUUUAAAGGUGAGAAGAGGAGCUGAUGUUAUUGGUCAAUACAGGGCUAUGUUAAACCCACUCCACGCCCUCUCUCCUCCAGCUGGGAGGAGCUGAGUUAGGGAGAGGGGAUACUUACGCCGGGCUGCGCCACUCACCAAAAAAUGUGACUUACAUCACAUCGCCGGUGAGCCACGAAAAUAGAGCCCCAGAGUAUAAAAGGAAACAGCUAGUGUUAGUUCAAUCACAGGUUAAACACAGGAGCAGUUCAUUAAUGGGGGGGGGGGAAAUAAAGCCAUUUACAAAUUUCCGAAUAUUUCAAUAAGCUACAGGCAUAAAGAGAAAUGGAUUGCCAAUCAGAUUGUCCAUUAUCUAGGAUCUCGGCCUGGUGGUGUCAAAAGCACUGGAGAAGUCGUAAUCAUGAUCCUCACAUUGCUCUCUGUUUUCUCAAUGACAAAUAAACAGACCAGUGCAUGUGGAUGCCUUCCUCUUUGAUGUUAGUUACAGUCAGUACUCAGUCAGAGAGAGUAGAGAACAAGGGUGAGAAAGAGAGACAGGGGACAGCAGCAACAUUAAAACAACAGCAACAACAACAACAAGAGCUCAUGUACUGGUGAAACAAAAUGAAUUCAGUUUACAGGGUUAGGAUAUGAGUAAUGAGACAAUGUUAAAUUAAUUUAAUGGGAUUACAGUCAGCAGGCCUAAUAGUAGUUACCUCUAGAUUUAUGUUAUUAAUGUCAGUGAGGCUGAUGUUCAUGUCUGCAGUAACAGUCCAGAGGAACCCAAAAGAAGAAGGAGCUCAGGGCCUGAGGCGGACAAUCAUAAACCAUGCAGCUGGAGUCAGGCAGGUCUGCAGCAGCCAACCGUCUGUAGCAUCAGUCCAGAGCAACCUCGGAGACUGGGGAGCUCAGAGAUACAGAGAGAUCUGGUUAGCAAUUAGAUGGGAGAAAAUGACUAACUAAUUAUGGACUAUGUUAAAUUAAUUUUAGGUGAUUAAUGUUAGUUAGGCUGACGUACGUGUCUGCAGCACUAGUCCAGUGGAGCCUAAGAGCUGGAGGAGCUCAGGGCCUGAGGUGGACAAUCAUGACCCUCACAGUGCUCUCUGUUUUGUCAAUGACAAUGAUGCUUUUACUAUUGUUGUCAUAGUGUACUGUGUAGUGUAUAUUGAUACAAUCUGGUCAAUAUUGGCCAAACGUGGUUCUCUGGGACCUCAUUUGAAUGCUAAUUUUGUGAUAACCCUGGCUGUUUUUUUUAAACAAUCAACUAUGUAACCAACUAUCUUUCAGCCUUCUCUCCAAGCAAGAUCCUGAUCCUAUGGGAGCUGUUGUGUUUUUGAAUUACAGUUACAUAUUUACAUACUUAUUUAUAUAUUUACUUUUUUCAGUUGGGUGGUCUCUUCUGGCAGAAACAGUGGACUACAAUUCCCUCAUUCUUCAGAGAGGAUGUUUCUCUGGGCAGGAAGUAAAGCAACAGAUGGAGGAAGUGAUCACAGGUAUGAAGACUGACAUACCUGUUGGUUUAAGACCCUUACAGUAUAAGAACUGUCGAAGGGAAAAUGAGAAGUGCAAAUAUGUCAAAAAGUCUAAAUUUGACUGUCUUUGAUUAUAUUGUCAUCUUGCUGCCUAGGUAGUGUGACUCUUGGAAUUAAAAAAAAAAAAACCCUGACAGUGCUGACAUUGACAUGAAUCAUAUAUUGUAAAUAUCUUAUGGGGAAUAAGGAUAUUUGCUUUUGUAAAUCACAAAAAGGCUUCUGUAUGAAUUUGAGUCUCUAAACUUCAAAAAACUCUUCACAGGGUCUUUAAAUUAAAUCAAGCUCUGAGCUUUUAUUUGCUCUUUCUAAUCAAGCAUUGAAAAGAGAUGAGGAACGAAAUCUUCAUAGUAGUCAUUCUCUUUGUCUUUUAAUUACCUUUAUUCAAAUGUGAGCCUGUGUGCCACCAAUUGUUUCCAAAGGUUAAUUAUAAUUAAAUUAGCAUUGAAGUUAUCAUUACUUCCAAAUGUGGUCUGUGACAGACAUUAAUUACAACCUACUGACUCAAAUGGUCAGUUGUAAGCAAAGACGGAGAUUAUGAUGUCAUUUGACAUAUAAUUAUAUACUCAAUGGGAGUAUUUGAGCUACAGAUGAGGAGGAGAGUAAAUAAGAAGAUCAGGGGCCUUAUGUAUCAACGUUUGCGGCGCAAGAAAACCUUGCGUACGCCAAAAUCAGCGCACACUUCCAGAUUUAUCAUCGCAAAACGAGCGUCGGUUCCAGCGCUAAUCAACGCAAAGUCAGUAGGUGGUGUAGAAAUUGGCGUUGAGCUGAUAUAUGCGUUGACGGCACUUUGGCGACGCUGUGUGGCGGUGUUUAGUGACUCACUAUCUGACAAGCGUCCACACAUUGCAGUGGAUUAAUUGUUAAUCCGACAGCUGUUCAUGUGUUAAUUGUGUUAAUUUGUAACACAUUAACACAAACACGAACACCUGUCGGUAUUACUGGAGGGGCUAUAAAAGAGCGCAUACAACUACACAUAGAGAAGACAACAUUCAACAAUGGCAGCACUUGCGCUGAUCGAAGACUUACAAAACCGUGCCAUCCGACGUGAGCGUCAUUUUAUGGAGCGGGAGGACCUGCUCCAGAACAGCAAUGAGUGGCUCAUGAGCCGGUCCCGGCUACUGCGGGCCAUCCUUUUGGAGCUGUGCGAGGAGCUCCGCCCCGGUGCUCCAGCGAUCAACGGCCAGAAGCCGAGCGGUGGCCGUGCGAACGCUGGUGCUGGGCACACUCGGCUUCUUGGCCACAGGGUCCUUCCAGCGGGCGAUGGCGGACCGUGCUGGGGUGAGCCAGUCCACCAUCAGUGGUGGACCAGCUGAUCCGCCUCUCUAACAGGUAUAUUAAAUUCCCCUACGGUGCGGUUGAACAGGCCAAUAUUAAAACGCAAUUUGCAGCAAUAGCCGGAUUCCCAAACAUAAUCAGAGCUAUUGACUGCACUCAUGUUGCCAUAAAAGCGCCGUCCCAUGACGAGUACGCUUACGUUAACCGCAAAGGCGUUCACUCCAUCAAUGUGCAGAUCAUCUGUGAUGCACAGAUGAAUCUGCUCAACAUUGUUGCGAGGUGGCCCGGUUCAACACACGACUCGCACAUCAUGUACAACAGCACUGUUGCGGAGAGGCUCCAGGCAGGUGCAGUGACAGAUGGGUGGCUGCUGGGUGAGUAAAUAUGUAAUGUUAUAAUUUUAUUAAAGAAACUCAACGUGCAUCAGUGACUUGAACCAAAUGUGUGCAACGCUGAUGUAUUGUACCCUGUGUUUGAUUGCGAGUACUCGAUGGAUGUUGUGGGUUAUUGAUUGCUUAUUGCUUGCUAUUAUUACAACGCAUCAAGCCCAAGACUUAACACACUGUGCUUUUUCUGAAGGUGACAGUGGCUACCCCCUCAGGACCUGGCUGAUGACCCCUCUCCACAACCCCCACACUGACCGAGAGCGGAGGUACAACCAUCUCCACUCUCGCUCUCGGUCAGUGGUGGAGAGGGCCAUUGGCCAGUUAAAGGGUCGGUGGUGCCGUCUGGACCGGAGUGGCGGCGUGCUUCUAUAUCGUCCGGAGAAGGUGUGCCACAUUGUGAUGGCGUGUGGUGCUGGUCCUGGCCGACGACUCCGAGCCGGCGGACGGGCUGCCGCGGGCCGGGGUUCCACAAGCCGGCGACACGGCCGACACAUUGAUUUCUGUGACACAAUAAAAAUAUUGGUUCAUUUCAAUUCCUGCUUCUGUGUAUCUGUUGCGUUUACAUCUAUGGCAAAGCAUGUGGACAUUUGUGUGACACGCCACUUACCCUCCGGUUGGCUGUCUGAGUCGCCGUGGGUAGCGGCGACAAUCCCCCCCACAGAGGCGCCCCCCAUAAUCGAGACCCUAUUUAAAUAAAUCUGCAUAUUUAUAGGAGGGCGUAACGGGGGGCGGGCCCAGUCACUCCGACAUCUGCGCUCAAUUCCACGCUGAUUGGGAUUUAUCAAGGAAACACACCUGGAUUUCGGCGCCCGCACACAUUGAUACAUACGGAUUUUUUUCAGCAUGACGGACCUUGCGUGCGCUCGCUUCUGGUAUGAGUUCCACGCAAGUAUUGAUACAUAAGGCCCCAGAUGAGCUAGAAACAGAAAGCACUAAAGCUGAAGGGAAAAGAUGAGCAUAGACUUGUAGUGAUGAAUACAUACAACAGUCAAGGAUAGUUAACGUGUGUGUGUGCUGUUAACAUUGAAAAUGUAUAGAAAAGUAAGAAAAAGAAGUGUAGGUAUAUAGGAGAAAGUAUUACAGGAUACAUAAUUGCAAAUGGAAUGAGGGUAAAUCUCAUUAACAGACCAAACAACAUAAAGAGGUUGUUACAGUUACAACAGGACAAAGAGUAUAUAGUCCUGACAGCAGGUGGGCUGUUUCAUUGCCUAGAGGUAUGUUACCCUCAGGCAUCAUUUUAGGCUUUUGGGGUCAGUGUGGAUGAACCAAUGAUGGCUGAGGAACUCAUGCAGAGGUCAUCUUCAUCAUUUUAAGUUUCUAAUGUAACAAAUGUGAACAUAAGUUUCAAAUAAACAAUGAAGCAAGAGGAAGCUAUAGUACAUAUUUUUAUCACCACUUCAUUUCAUCACAAAUCAUGCUAUGGCACAGGAACUCAAACCCUCUUUUUAUUUUGGUGUGUAUUUCGGUGCCAUCUGGUGGAGAGGUUGCAGAUUUCAACCAACAUACACUCCUGUCACCCUUCCUGUUACAAUAUUACAAUGUCAUUUAGUUGACACAGGUAUCCAAAGUAAUGUGCACUGGAGAACAAGAGCAAUACAAGCAAAGAUCUAGACAAGACGAAAAAAAGAUCAGUAUGAGCCACAAAGUGCUGUCAAGUCCCUGUGCAAGCUGUCACACUGAAUGUGUUGCAUAUGGUAUGAAAAGUCCCACAGUAGAAAUCAGGAUAAUUUCUGAUAUAAAAAAAGACAGACAAGGUGUUCACUAAUACACACAGAAAUACAACACAUAAUAAAUACGUGUCUAGCAAAAACAUAUUUGGAGUCUAAGUCAAACUUGUUUCCUAGCAUGUGAGUCCUUUGGUAUGUCUUUAAAGAAGACAUACCCCUUCAUUAAUAUUGAAUUUUUUUGUUUGUUUGUUUAUUUGUUUGUUUUCCAGAUCAAUAUACCAGAAGAUUCGUGAAUAUGAGGUCCUGGACAAGAGAAAGACAGUGACAGCUCUGAGGCCAGGAGAGGACAGAGCCAUCCUGCUGUAGCCUGGCUGUGCCAUCCUGUUGCAUGAAUCACUUGACGUUCCUUCCCACCACAGUCUGGACUUCGGCCCAUUGGAAGCCCUGAAAGUGAGCGGGAGUACUUUCCUUGAUAGACAGACUACUGUAACCAAUCACCGUAACCAAGCAUCUGACAUCAUCACAGAUGCUUGGUUAUGGUGAUUGGUUACAGUAGUACAUGGGCCAAUCAGGGGCUGCCUUUCCCUGUUGUCCGGGUAACAGUGGAAACACGGUCUCUGAUUGGCCCGGUUAUUUUCUGAUCGGGAGUACACGCUCCCAAUGGGCCGAAGUCCAGACUGUGGUGGGAAGGAACGUCAAGUGAUUCACGCAACAGGAUGGCCCAGCCAGGCUAAUCCUGCUGGGCCUCAGCAUGGUCCUGCUCUCUAUCAUGAUGUACUUUGUGGUGGGGAUAACGAUCUUGCGCUCUUACUCUGACAGGUGAUAACAGGCCACAUGGUCCCUUAAAUGAUGUUUGAGUAUGAGAAGGCAGAAAUAAAUCCUCUUUGUGGGAACAUGUUCUUACUGCUGGUUAUUUUAUAUCCACCUGGUGAAGAACAGUUUUUUUUUCUCUAGAAGUGUAUUAGAUACAGGUAUAUAUUUAACUUAUUGCUCUCCGUCUUCCAGUUUAUGGACAGGUGAAGCAAGCUGCACAGUUGUGAAUUCUACCAUUGUGUGGGAUGUGAACUGUUCCUACAUCUGUGGAGCAGAGUGCUGGAAGAGUUCCCGAUACCCGUGUCUGCGGGUCUUUGUCAGCCUCAGCUCCUCAGGGAAGGUGAUGAGACUGUUUCACAAUGAGGAAACCCAGGAUAGCAACCCUGAGGUAUGACAUGACAACUGAUCUUUCAAUAUUUCAGGGAUCCAAGUAUUUCCACUGCUCCACUAGUCCACCAGUAAGCACAGACAUAACUUUACAGGACAUUAUCUGAAGGAUUUAACUUUGUAAAACUGAAACAAAGUAAAAACAUUCACCUACUUUUCUCUCUUCUUUCCUUCAGUGCUUCUACAUCCUAAAGUGCACCAAAGACUAUUCAGCCACACAUGCUGUGGUUCAGAACAUUUCUGAGCAUUUCAGGUCUCAGCACGCCAUUCAGUGUUUUGUGGAUCCAUCGGGCAAAAUGGACAGCGCCAUCGUGAGCCAGAAGAGGUGACGGGAGUCCCUGUUUAUUGGACGUUGCAUCGACAGUAAAAGAGCUACAAGAAGAAAAGACACAACUGUCUAGAUCUUUGCUCUCAGAUGUAUUUGAAUAACAGCGGCUCUGUCACUAGAGCCAAGGAUCUACUGUAAUCCACAAACAAUCAAAUAGCAGAUUCAAGAGGCUCAUAAAUUUGUGCAUAUAGUUUUGCUGGUGCUUGAACCAAAAGUUAAACCCUUGAAAUGAUUAUUUCUAGAAAUGUCAGAAAAGACUUUUAAGUGCCUGUUAAGGGUUUCAAGGGUUGUAAGUUGUAAGCAUAUUGCACAACCUGUAAGGGUUGUGCAAUAUGCUUGUGCUCUUCUUUUUUUUUUUUCAUUUCCGUGGUGUAUAAAGCAUACCACUACCUGUAAUACUUACACAAUCAGCGUUUUUUUUUUUGUUUUUUUUUUUUGUUUUUUUGUAGUUUAAGAUGGCUGGUUCUACUUGUUAUCAAUCACUGUGCUAAUCUUCACUAGCAGGCAUCUGUGCAUGUCCACAUGCUUUGCCAUAGAUGUAAACGCAACAGAUACACAGAAGCAGGAAUUGAAAUGAACCAAUAUUUUUAUUGUGCCCACAUAAAUGGACUAAAAGUGUUUUCCUUUAAAGAGAAAUCUUGCUUCAUGAUGACUUCAUCAUUUGAGGCUGACUUUAAUAAGAGCUGCUCAUGCCGCCUUUGUCCAAAGUUAAGAGAGUUUGUCAGGAUCUUUGGAGGGCUACAUUUAGAUGACUAUUCUUUUUCUUCAUGGAGUUUUAUAGGGGUUGACAUCCACAGUUAGUGCAUUGCCACCAACUGGAAUAUAUUAAUCUACCAGUGUAACAGUAUCUCCAGUGUCCACCAGUGUGCCCCCUUCAGGACGUAUCCUGCUCUAUAACAUGCAGACAGUGAACCAACAUACACUCUGAUUUAAAGGAUUGUGUCAUACAGACUCAAACAUCUGGAAUUCCCCACAAAUUAUCCAUUAUCUUUGUUAAUUUGCAAUCUACACUCUUAAAAACAUUGAGUUAAAAUCAACCCAAUUUGGGUAGUUUCCCAACCCAGCAGUGGUUAAAUAUUGGACAGAACACAUGCUGGGUUAAUUUUACCCAACUAAUUGGGUUGGUUCACUUAACCCAACAAUUUGGUUCUUUAAUCCAGGCAUUUGGGUUGUUAACAUUUAAUAUAAUAUUAAAUUAUAUAAUUGCAUCAGAUUUCAUAUAGCGCUUUGUCAAAGACCAUCAAAGCGUUUUACAUUGGAGACAUCAUUUAUUCGUUCACAUAGUCACACCUUGGUGGUGGUAAACUACCUUAGUCAAAGCUGCCCUGGGGCCAGUUUGCACCUACAGCCUCUCUGACCACCAACACACAACACUCAUAAUGACUCACCAGUGGAGGACACACACUGGGAGCAAGGUGGGUUAAGUGUCUUGCCCAAGGACACAACAGACAGACUUGGAAUAGGGGGGAAUCGAGCCACCGGCAUUCCAGUUAUUGAAUCACCACUCAACCGACUGAGCUACUGCUGCCCCUGAACAGCUCCCUUUCCAUUUUACUGACAGAGAAUGAACUUUGGAGUUUGUAAACAUUUGGCAGUUUUUUUUUGUUGUUUUUUUCUCUUAAUAUGGCUUUCUUGUCUUUUCAAAAUAAAAAAUACAGAACAGGAGGUUGUAUCUUGCAUCCACUCCACUCCACUCUAGGUCAAAAAGUCAUCCACUGAUUGUUCAUAUCAACCUGAAAGAUCAAGACAGUGGGCUCUAUUUUUGUGCCUCGCCGGAGACGUGCCACAGGCGCGGUGUAAGUCAGGUCCGCCGCACUGACAAGGCGUUCCCAAGCACAAUUUGGUAUUUUGGUGAGCAGCGCAGCCCGGCGUAAGUAUCCCCCCUCCCUAACUCAGCUCCUCCCAGCGGCGUAAGUCGUAGCGAGGGAGAAGGGAGGGCGUGGAGUGGGUUUAACAUAGCCGAGACCUGUUUUCACCAAUCACAUAAGCUCCUCUCCUUGCCUUUAAAUCCGCCACAGGCGAGGCGUAUUACCAUUUUCGUGAAGUAGUCAAAGAGAUCAAGAAAUGUCUGAAGACAGUAAGGCCACAAGAUGGCGACAGAAGGCAGCUCCUCAACAAGUGUCACUGUAAGCGCUGCAGAGGGCGUCCUCCACACUCUCUCAUAUGAGCACAGAUGGAUUUGGUGUGUGUAAUGUUGGACCCACUGGUAAGACAAACACCCUUUUCCACAAAUACAGACACUCACAUACAGUUGCAUAUAUUUAAACCUCACGUGACAAAGGUGGGUUGUGCGCACAGAUCACAACAUUAACUCCAAAAAUGGCAUUAAAAUCGGAACCAUCUGUGCGUAAAUGACGCAUCGCGCUCCGUGGCCUGGCUCUUUCUUUCAUAUAUGUUGGCAUAUAAAAUAAAUUUGCCUCACAAAACUGAAUAUUAUAAUACCCGUAUGUCGGCUUAAAGUAGAUAACGCAUCUGAGCACUGAAACAAAUCAUCUGUUCAGCCGCUGCAGCAGCAGGACGGAGAGAGGACAUGGAGACGUGUCCAGGUCGAGCUGUGCGAGCUGUGUGUCUAUUUACUAGAUAUUUAAUUUAAUUUUAUGCGAUUUCAGCUGUUUUGAUUCGGUCAGGGUUGUGUGUCCAAACGCGUGCCAAACGCGCUCAUCAGAUGAGAUAUAGAUCAGAAUAUAUCGAUAUAGAUCUAAAUGUAUGUGCUGACUCAGAUUAAUAGUUGUUGAUGAUUAUUUAUUGCACUGAAAUGUGCCUGACACUGUGGAAACCUGCCGGUGAGGCAUCAGUAACGUAUGCCGAUACGCCGCUGGUCUACCAAAAUACUACUAGACCAGCUGCGUUCCGCCUGCGCUGAAAGCCGAAAUCAGCCCUCUGAUACCUCCCUCGUACAGUGUUGUUCUACCUCCGAAAAAAAAGAUUAAGUGUUAUAGAGAGUUACUGGAAUUUUGUUUGGAAUAAUAUUUUUCAUGAAAGAUAAAAGCGAGUAGUGUAGCUUGCUUUUAACGUUUAACCAGAUGAGCUGAUUAUGCACUAGUUACUAGUUCUGUAUGGACAGUUAAGAAUCAUGCGAGCAGCUUUAUUUUGGGUUACUUGUAGCUUGUUUUGUGUUGUGUUGGACCAGAUGACUGCACCAUAAUCUAAAUGCGAUAGAACCACAGCUUGAGUUAGUUGUUUGAUUAGGUAACUUGGUAUAAAUUUCUUACAGUGUCUAACUACAGCUAUGCCUCUUCCCAUCUUUAAUACUCUCUGAUUAAUAUAAUUUUUCCAGGACAUUCUGUCAUCUAUGAUUAAACCUAAUAACUGUACCUCCAUUUUCUGUUCUAUGCUUUUAUCUCCUAUACUUACAUUUAAGAUCGGUGCAGCUUUUAAUCUAUGUUUCGAGCCCAACACUAUGGAUUUAGUUUUUUCAAUAUUGAGCACUAAUUUAUUUUCUGUAACCCAUUCCAUAAUUUGCUUUAGUUCUCUAUUUAACACAUCUUCUAACUCUUCUACAGUACUUGAUGAGGCAUAUACAGUGGAAUCAUCAGCAUACAUAACCAUUGUUGCAAAAUUCAACACACGUGGCAAAUCAUUUACAAAAAUUGAAAAUAAUAAUGGACCAAGGCACCUCCCUUGUGGCACUCCACAACUCACUGGUCUAAAUUCAGAGUAACUCCCAUUAAAGUAAACAGAACACUUCCUAUUUUCUAAGUAGCUCUUUAUCCAUUUGUUUGCAGAAUUAUCAAAACCAUAACAACUUAACUUGUUCAAUAAAAGGGAAUGAUCCAGAACAUCAAAUGCUGCAUUAAAAUCUAACAAUACAGCUCCAAUUAUCUUCUGUAUAUCUAUAUCUUUUGACCAAUCAUCCGUCAUCUGAGUUAAUGCAAUAGUUGUGGAAUGCCCCUUUCUAUAUGCAUGCUGAAAUACAGUGUUUAAGUCAUUAUUACAAAAGUACAUUUGGAUCUGUCCGUAUACUAUUCUCUCCAUAAUUUUACUCAGUGCUGGCAGUAAGCUUAUCGGUCGACUAUUUUUCCCUGAAAAUGUUUCUCUACCAUCUUUGGGUAGUGGAAUGAUCUUGGACAUUUUCCAUUCAGAAGGACAGAUACCUUUUUUUAGACUUAAAUUAACGAUAAAAGAAAUAGGUUAAGCAACCAGAUCUGCUACGGUUUUAAAUAACUUGACCUCCAGGUUGUCAAUACCUGCAGAUGUUUCGUUUGCUGCUUGCAAGAGUUUUACCACUGUGUCUGCCGUAGUUUUUUCAAAUUGGAAGUUACACAUUUUAUCAUUCAUUAUUUUAUCUUCUAUUAACUUACUUGAUAUGCAAUCUUCCUUUUUCCUGGUAUCCAUAUUAUCCCGCAAUUUCUGAAUUUUAUCAUUAAAAUAAGAACAUAGAUAGUUAGCUAUUUCUACUGGUUUAGUCAAAAUAUUUCCAUCAGCUUCCAAAAACGAUGGAAUUGAUUUACCGCUUUUUCCCAUUUAUCUAUUCAGGAUGUUCCAUAUUUUCUUACUGUCCAUUCUCGCAUCUAAUAUUUUAUAGUAUAGAUAUAAUAAUAUAAUAAUAUAAUAUUUUAUAGAUAGUACAUCUUUUUUUUGUUUUUAUUCAAUUUUGUUGCAUUAUUCCUUAACUUUCGAGAAACAUUCCAUUGUGACAAAUCAGCUGAUCUGAUUGCUUCUGCCUUUGCCUUAUUUCUUUGGUCCAUAAGCUCUUUAAAAUCCUGGUCUAACCAUGUUGCUACAUUUCUCACAGUUUGUUUUUUUGCAGGUGCAUGUUUAUCAAGUGGUCCUAACAAGCAGUUAAAGGCAUGCAGAGCCAAAUUAGGGUCUUCCUCAGUUAACACUGUUGACCAAUCAAUAUUUCUUACAUCCUCAUAAUAAUCGUUUUCAUUAAAAUUCCUUAACAUUCUUUUGAAUAUUAUUUUCUGACCAGUUUAAUCAAUUGCAACUAGAUUGUGGUCACUGCAGCCUACUGAAAGAGAUAUUGAUUGUGAGCAUAGCUCAGCAGCAUUUGUAAAAAUUAAAUCAAUGCAAGUAGAUGUUUUUAAAUCAUCUGCUCUGUAAAAUAUUCUAGUUGGCUUUGUAAUGACUUGUCUUAGAUUACAUGCAUCUGCAAAAGAGGUGUGGACUAUUCCCUCACUACUUCAUCAUCAAUUCAGCAGGUAAAAGGUCUGGAGUUGAUUCCUGGUGUGACAUUUGCAUUUGAAAUCUGUUGCUGUCAACUCUCAAUAUGAGAUCAGGAGAGCUGUCACUAUCAGUAAAGCAAGCCAUCAGUAGGCUGAAAAAUCAAAACAACCCCAUAGCAAAAAUAUUAGGUGUGGCCAAAUCAACUGUUUGGAACAUUCUUAAAAAGAAAAUGCACCAGUGAGCUCAGCAACACCAAAAGACCCAGAAGACCAUGAAAAACAACAGUGGUGGAUGACAGAGGAAUUAUUUCCCAGGUAAAAAAAAAACCCCUCCACAGCAGUUUGCCAGAUCAGGAACACCCUCCAGGGGGUAGAUGUAUGUGUGUCAAAAUCAACAACCAAGAGAAGACCUCACCAGAGUGAAUACAGAGGGUUCACCACAAGAUGUAAACCAUUGGUGAGCCUCAAAAUCUGGAAGACCAGAUUAGAGUUUGCCAAACAACGUUUUAUUCAAAGGGAUGGCUGGAGGAAACAGGAUUUAUGACCUAUACUGCAGCCCGUCACCAAAGGGUGCUGUUCUCGCAGCGGCUUUACCCAGCGAGGAGGCAGCCGAUGUCCAUUCUGUAUACAGUCUAUGGUGCUGAAUGUUGGUGAGCAGUUGUUGGUCAGCAGGGUGAAGGGCAGGGGACUACACACACAUCCCCGCAGGUCUCUUGUGCUUAAUUUGAUGGUGCUGAAGGUGUUAUUGCUGAUCUGUACAGUGUGUGGUCUCUCACUGAGGAAAACCAGCAGCCAGUAUCACAGUGAGAUGUUGAGUCCUAGCUGGUCCAGUUUGAUGAUGAUUUGUUGUGGAAUAAUAGUGUUGAAAGCUGAACUGAAGUUUAUGAUCAGCAUUCAUACAUAUGAGUCCUUAGUGUCCAGGUGGGUGAGAGCAGGGUGGAGAGCAGCACUGUAUUCAUCCUCAGUUGACUGGUUGGCUCAGUUUGCUAACUGGAAUGGGUCCUGUGUGGAGGGGAAGAUGGAUUUUAUAUGAGACAUGACUAACUGUUCAAAGCACUUCAUGAUGAUGGGGUUGAGUGUGACAAGGCGGUCAUCAUUGGAGAUUGGAGUGGACUUCUUUUGCAUGGGUAUGCAGGUGGUGGUUUUGGAGCAUGCUAGAACAACAGCCUGGCUCUGGGAAGUCUUACAGAUGUCUGUUGUUAGGAUACAUUGUAAAUAUGGAAAUGGUUUGACGGAGCUGCAUUAAGAAUUAAUUAUUGUGCCCCUUGAAGUCAUGUACUGAUGGAUAACAGGAAGAAGGAUAAAAGCUCCAGGGAGGCUGCAGAUCACCCUGUAUAAAGAACGGUAUCCAUAGUAUGAAGGUUUUAGCUUUGGCGUCUCUUGACAUUUGGUAAGUAAGGUCUCUUCAACUAAAAAAAGAUGUUUGUGUCCUGUUUUUGAAGGAUGUCGCACCCAUGGUUGUGAAAGAGGAAGUAUGCAAACUGAUAGUGUGAUUGCGGUUUGAACAUAGGGUGGGGUGUUAGAUAAUAUCAUUUAUAUAACUUGCUUAUUUAAAGACUCUGUUGCACAUUCUUGACUCAUUGUAAUCAAUAAAUAGAGCUUCAACUGAGAACUCAUCUGAAUCCUCGUCUUUCCUUCUUCCCAUUGACGACCACGCGGGAAAAGGGUUAAAGGUAAAUAAUACCAGUUAGUACUUUCUUUAUUGUGUUUGGGAAAUUAGACGUAAAAGUACUCCUUAAUGUGAAAGGGAAAACCACCCUUUUUUCAACACAGUGAAGACAUCUUACAUAGCCCCUAUGCGCAGUCAUGCAGCACAGGACCAGCAAUGUUGCGAGGACCAGCAGCCUUGCGGGUGUUGAUGCUGGAGAGUGUCCUCAUCACAUCCGCUGUAGACAGACACAGAGCCUUGUAGCACCCUAUAAUGUAAUAAUUUACUGAAAAUGUAAUAACACCUGAAAAUGUAAUAAAACCCAGUAAUGUAAUAAAAUAGUCUGACUGAUGUUGUAAUAACAUUUUUACCUAUAAUGUAAUGCCUCAUUACAUUAUUGGGAAUUUAUCACAUUUUCAGGAGUCUAUUUGUUUGUUUGUUUGUUUGUUUGUUUGUUUUCAAAACUGAUAAUGUUAAUGUUAAUUAAUGUUAAUGCAAAUCACUAUCUCAUGAAAACAACCACAAACAAACAAAACAACUUUCAGUAACACUUCAUUUGGACAAGAAAAUACAUAGGCAUUCAUAACACCUGCAUACACAUCACAUGACACCCAACAUAAACAUAGGCCGAUAUAUCCACUCAGCUGAUGGGGCUCUGCUCUGUCUCUAGCACAACCUGAAACCACUCUGCUCGCACCACACACAGACACUAGGGGUGCAAUAGAUCAAAAAACAUAUGGUUCAGACCAUUUCUCAGAUCAGAGUCAUGGGCCAGAUCAUUUUUCGGAUCAGUAAAAAACACUCUGUCUGUCGUGAGUGCAACAGAGGAUUCUCGGGAUAGUUCAUCCACAACAUUUUCUUCUGCUGAAGUGCGUGCGUGACGUGAUGUGGCAAUGUGGCUCAAGCACAAGCAUGCGUUUAAAGCCCUCUGCAGCUAUAAACACACUGAUAGCGAUUGGGUUGUGCAGCAAGGGGCUGCUUAAAUGCUGUGGUGAUAAACGGUUUUUAUGCAAUCGCUUAUCAAAAAAAAAAGGUCAUAUUACCUUCUUGUGCCACAGUGCCUGUACACACCGUCACUGUUUUAUCUGCUAACCUUUUUCCUUCAUUGUUAUAUUUGACAAGGAAGCCAAAAUGCUCUCACACAGGGGAUUUAAAUGAUGGAGGGCACUCAAGCUCCUCUGUUCCUCCACUUGCCAUGAGCAUGCUGCUCUAAAGUGUGUGGACUGAACAUGUGCACUUUUAAUUUUUUUCAUAAAUCAUUUCGCGGAUCAUGUCUAUGCCAAACAGAAGAUAUUGAUCUGAACGGAUCAUGGACCAAUGAUGAUCCGUUGCACCACUAACACACGCACACGCGCACACACACACACACACACACACACACACACACACACACACACACACACACACACACACACACACACACACACACUCAAGCAGCAGUGCCCAGUUCUCAUGAUUAUUGAGCCACACUCAGACAAUCAGAAAUUUCUGCCUUUAAAGAUGAGAAACAUGCAAAAUGAUCAUGUCAAUUUUAUUGAAGUUCUGUGAUUUUUCAUUUAUACAAGUAAAUCUCACAAAGUGCCAGUACGGCAGUAUGUCAACUGACCACUAUGCCACUUGACAUAGAGUAAGAUGUCAAAUUGACAUUGAAAUUGAUUUAAUAACCAUUUAUGAGUGGAUAUGUAGGCCUAUGUUUAUGUUGGACACCAUGUGAUGUGUACACAGGUGUUAUGAAUGCUUAUGUAUAUUCUCUUCAAAUGAAGUGUUUCUAAAAGUUGUUUUGUUGGUUUGCGGUUGUUUUUAUGAGGUAGUGAUUUGUUGGAAAUCUGUGAAGUGAAGAGGUUCAUUUAGGGAAGAAUUACCUGGGGUCUCCAGUGCUGCUCAGGAUCUGAGCUGGAAUUGUAGUCUCCCAAGGUCCAAGGUCCAUAACCCACUCAGUAGGACCAGGAUGUAGUUGCAUGUGUGAUACUCAAGGUCUGCAAUUUAACCCAAUAGUCAUUCUGUUGUUUCAAAGCUAGUGCAUACAACACUUUUAGACUCUCAAAACACAUAAUGUAGAACUCUGGACUGAAAAUGAACGUAUAUAUUACAUUAUCUGUCAAGUAUAACAUUAUCAGUUUUAAAAACAAAACAAAACAAAAAAAACUCCUGAAAAUGUAAUAAAUUCCCAAUAAUGUAUUAAGGUAUUACAUUAUAGGUAAAAAUGUUAUUACAAUAUCAGUCAUAUUAUUUUAUUACAUUAAUGGGUUUUAUCACAUUUUCAAUCGCAUUAAGUGCUAAUUUUCAUUACAUUUUCAGGCGUUAUUACGUUUUCAGGAAAUUAUUUCAUUAUAGGGUGCUACAGUAGUUCAAGCUUAGGGGGUAUAUGGGCAAAGGAUUUAUGCAGGUAUGUGUCCAGACAGGCCUUAACAUCUGAUCAUUAGUUUGAAUCACAUUUGUUUGGGAUGGGCUUGAGAUGGGCUAAUCUAAAACAAAACAACAAAAGCAACAACAAAAAUUUUACCCUAAUGCCGGGGUUUGUGGUCCUGCUGCUAAACAACUUGAAUGAUUUUCAUGUUAUUGUCUUCAAUAAUAAUAUUGUCUUCAAUUGUCUCCAGCACCUUAUUGUUUUCAGUGAAUAGAGCAAGUCAAAUAAACCUCAAGUUGCAAGAUUGUUUUUAGAGUGACCUUUAAUAAACCUGUGCAUGUACAGGUACAUAAGGUUUGUAAGCAUUUGUAAGUUUGUAAGAUGAGCUUAUCACUGAUAUUUAAUUAAUGGUUAAUUUGAUAGUCAUGGAGGGGUGGUACAGUGGUGAAGUGGUUAACACUGUCGCUUCACAGCAAGAAGGUCCUGGGUUCGAAUCCGGGUCAGGGUGUUUCUGUGUGGAGUUUUCCUGUUCUCCCUGUGUCUACGUGGGUUUACUCCAGGUACUCUGGUUUCCUCCCACAUCCCAAAAACAUGCAGAAGUGGGUUGAGGAUAAUUCGUCACUUACAAAUUGCCCAUAUGUGUGAAUAUCAGUGUGGAUGGUUGUUCGUCUCUAUAUGUCAGCCCCGCCACUCCUGACAGGGAAAAAGCGGUAGAAAAUGGAUGAGUGGAUGAUAGUUGUGUAAUCCCUUCAAAGUCAUAAAAAGGGGUCAGAUCUUGUAAAUGUUGCACAGCUGAUCUGAGGCUGGUUUUCUGCAGCUAUGGUCAUGGCACUCAGGUGGAUCCCUCUGGUCUUCUGUCUGGGACUGGUAAGUACAAGCCUUCACAUUUAUUCUGUGUAGUACUGACAUUGACCUCUUAUUAAGACUAUGAAUUCUCUUUAUUGAUUGAUGAAUGUACAUUCUGAUAUAUAUUUACCAGGCAGCAGCAAAGCUGUCAGGUGAUACAGGUAAGUCACAAUCUUUUUCAUGUAACUCUCUGUCACAUGGUAAAAAAAACAAACAAGCAAGUUAUUGGAUAUAAAUGACACUGAAGACUAUAUGAGGUUACUUUAAGUUAUAAUAAAUUUCCCUGCAAAUUCUGAAUCACUUGAUCUUCUGACAAUCUCAUGAUUCAAAUAUUGUCCACUAAGCAUUACCUGACUGCACUAUUUGUUCUUAUGUUUGUAUUUGUAUCUGUACACUAGCUCACUGAGGGAAGAUCUGCUGACUUACUGACUUACCUCUACAAAUUUAAGAAAUUAUAUAAAAUGAAAACAUUUUAUAGCAUACAUCCCAGAUUUGAAAUAGUCAUUCAUGUUCGUGCAGCAGGGUUCAUAGCAACAUUAAAUCAAUGAAUCAGGUACUGUAGUUUUGCGCCUACUUUAACAAUGUUUUAUUUAUCUACAGAAAUAGACGUUGACAACGGCCGUGACUGGGACAUCUUUAACAUCAACAAAGGUUUGUGUGCUUGAUUGUAAAAUUAUGCAACAGUAAGUCUAAAUACACCAAUACCAUGUUUCUUUGCAGCUGCUGGGCUAGACCUGCUGGAGGGAGACAUCGAACAAGAUGAGGUACAAUUAUUUGGAAAUUGCCAGCAUAUAGUGCCCUGGUUUUACAAAAGAAAAGGCCAAAAGUCCAUGAACAGAUAUUAAACCCUUGUUAUUUUUGUAUGGCAGCUUAGUAAGGCCAGCAGUUGCAAUAACACAAAGUUACAACACUUUGUAGAAAAAUUUGUACUCAACUAUUUCCAUCAGACAUUCAGCAGAAACACCAUCUUGGGUGAUGAGUAUCGCUGGCCAACCACCAUUCCCUACUACCUUGAGAACAACUUGGGUAAGACACUGUGCUAUAUUGAGGCUCAUACUCACAGUCAUUCCCCAUAAAUGCACUUGUACUUAGGUAUGUUUUUUAUGGUUUUCUGUGUCUCAUACUUUGUAAUGUUUAGAAAUGAAUGCAAAGGGAGUGAUCCUGAAGGCGUUCGAGCAGUACAGACUGAAGACCUGCAUCGACUUCACACCAUGGAGGGGAGAGCAGAACUACAUCUCUGUGUACAAAGGGAGUGGGUGAGCCAACUCUGAACAGCUCCUGUGGCUUACACUUUCACAUUGCUCUGCCUAAUUUUUUGGUUUCUUGCUUGGAAAUGGAUUUGGAUGCAAAUUCAUUACCCUCAAAGACACCAUGGCUUUAGGGACACCAUGGACUCUAUUUUCGUGCCCGCCGGGUGCGGCGAAGGGUGGCCCACAGCCAGUUUGGUAUUUUCGUAAACUGAGGCGUACCGAGGUCCGCCAAGCUGGGCGUGGUGGCGCAGUAGGGGGAGGUGUUGACAUAAUCAGCUGGCCCAGUGACAUUUUAGUGCCCGCUGGUGGCGUAAAAAGUGCGCUGAAAGCUCACCGAUUCAAAACUGGUCAGCUUUCAGAGUUGGUCUAGUGGUAUUUUGGUAGACCGGCGUCAUAGUGUGCACACUUCACCAAUGCCUCACAGGCAGGUUUCCACAAUGUCAGGCACAUUUCAGUGCAAUAGAUAAUCAACCACAAUCAAUAUUCAGUGCAACUAUCUGAGUCAGCACAUACAUUUAGAUCAAAAUCAAUAUAUUCUGAUCUAUAUCUCAUCUGAUGAGCGCAUUUGGCAGGCAUUUGAACAGUCAACGUGACCAAAUUAACACAGCAGAAACUGCAUUAAUUUAGAAUUCCAGUAAAAAGUCACACAUAAUGAAAUUAACAAGAUAUUUAAUUUGUCCUCCACCCCCUUCCUCUCUUCCUCUUCUCCCUAGCGCAGCUCGACCCAGACAUGUUGCCAUGUCCUCUUCCCGUCCUGCUGCUGCAAGGCUUAUUUAUUUUGAAAAGUUGAACAAAAAAAUAAAAGAAAUUUUCUUUUAAAAUUACCAAUUCAUCUAAUGUUCUCACAGAGUUAUGGCCACAUACAAAUAUUAUAAUAUUUAGUUGCGUGAGCCAAGUUCAUUUUAUAUGCCAAUAUCAAUAAAAGAAAGAGUGUGAUGCGUCUUUUAUGCACAGGUGGUUCUGAUUUUAAUUCCAAUAUUGGAAUUUGUUUACGUUGUGAUCUGUGUGCACAACCCACCUUUGUCACUCGGGGUUUGAAUAUAUGUAACUUGAUGUGAUUGUCUUUGUUUGUGGAAAAGGGUGUUUGUCUUACUAGUGGGUACACACACCAAAUCCAUCUGUGCUUAUUUGAGAGAGUGUGGAUGACGCCCUCCGUAGCGCUUACCGCGACACUUGUUGAGGGGCUGCCUUCUGUGGCCAUUGUACGGCAUUGCUGUCUUCAGCCAUCUCUCGAUCUCUUCGACUUCUUUACGAAAAUUGUAAUAUGCCUCACCGGUGGCGGAUUUGAAGGUGAGAAGAGGAGCUGAUGUGAUGGGUGAAAACAGAACUAGGCUGUGUCAAACCCACUCCAGGCCUUAUUCCCUCCCUCUCUACUACAUAUGCUGCUGGGAGGAGCUGCCACCAAAAUAACAAAGUGUGCUUGGUCACGCCUCAUCGGCAGCGGACCUGACUUAUGCCACGCCUACACCACACCGCUGGUGAGGCAUGAAAUUAGAGCCCCAUGGCUUUAGAGACCACUGUCACUUGUCACACAUCUUGCUUCCUCUCUCUGUAGAUGUUCCUCUUAUGUAGGAAACCAGCACAAGGGAAAGCAGCAGCUCUCCAUUGGUGAAAACUGUGAUGACCUGGGAAUUGUUGAGCAUGAGUUCCUGCAUGCUUUGGGCUUCUGGCAUGAGCAGUCAAGAGCUGACCGGGAUGAUUAUGUCCAGAUCAUUUGGGAUCACAUUGAACCUGGUAACACUGUCACAUACGAACUGUUGCUACAUGCAGGGGCGCUGCAAGGGAUUCUGGAAUCCAUGAAAAGAAGUUAUACAGGGCCCCCAACACAGAAGGCCAAAAUUGUUGAUGCUUUUUUACAUAAAACUAUGCAUUUUUAUGUUACUAGUUUCUGUACACUCAUUUAGUCAAUCCUCCACAUCUGAAUUCCCUCACUAAACAUGUAAACUGCUCUUAUUGGAUUGAGAUCAGUCACCCCAGUCUACUGCACACACAACAUAUUUUUCCGUUCUGUUCCUAUUGCACUUAUCCUAUUUCAGUGGUAGCUGAAUUAAAACAAAAUAAAAACAGUUGUGCUUUUUAAACCAUUAAAAUUGUUCAGAAUAAUUUUUAUUUUAAUAUUUUCCUUUACAACAGAAUCCUCUUUUGUGUGUAUUGUUUUGUGACUGUGAUCAAGAAUAUUAUGAUUAAUCCAAAACACACAGCUGCUCACCUCCUUCCUCAUGUGGGGGCACUGGGGGGCUGGUGGAGUUGGGGACUGACAGACAGCUGCUUCUGUUUGGAAGGAGGCAUCGUUUUGACAGAGGGGAGGUCAACUAAUUGAAUAUAAGCAGCGAGUUUUCUUGAGCUGACAUGGGGAGAAAAGUGAGCUAGCUUAAAAACCAUAUACAAGGACAAAGUUAAUAUUACAUAGCUUUCCACUACAUGAACCACUCAUAAACCCACCUUUCAUUGUGAAAUACUGUGUGACAUGCUGUCGACCGUUUAGUUCUUUCUCCUCUCCUAGUUUCCUUUCUUUGUAUUUUUGGCUGCCUAAUUUUUUUUAUAUUUAUGAUAUCUUUACUACCACUCCUUAGCCGCUCUGGUUCAGGCGACUGUGACAUACAGCUGCGCUGCCAGCAGCUGAUUCAGUCGGACUGAACCAUUUUACAUAAAUAGAGAGAGGGGGCCGCGGCCAUUAUAGUUUCCAAAACAAAAAAAAGUUAUUGUAACCAGGACGCUGUAUAUAGAAUAUCUGUGAUUAAACAUUACUUAUAACUUAGAGUCAUGUUAUUCUAUUUCAUUAUAUCUUUAUUAGGGGCCUCUCUGGGCCCCUCUCAAUCAUGGGCCCUUAUAAUCCUUCUCUUUUUUCCCCCCUUGUCGGCGCCCCAGACCACAUGUAAUAUAACACAGCUGGAAAAUGUGUAAAACAAUUUAAAAAGUUUUCUGAUGUUUUAUUUUUUUGUCCAGGCAAAGAGCAUAACUUUGACAUACAAAAUGACACAGUGUCUAGUGCCCUGGGUGUUCCCUAUGACUACGGCUCAGUGAUGCAUUACAGCAAGUCGGACUUCAGCAUUGACUCUGACCCCACUAUCAUGACCAAGAUCCCCAAGUUCAUGAAUGUGAUUGGUCAGAGGAUGGGCUUCAGUGCCAGUGACCUGACAAAACUGAACCGCCUCUACAACUGCAGUGAGUAAUCUCAGCCUUUUAUUUCCUUUUUAAAAAAGUGGAUCACAGAGGGAACAACAUGGUACAGACCAUUAAGUACUGAACUUUUUAACCUAAUAGAAGGCACAGAUAGAGGCUUCUAACAUCACCUGCCCAAGAGCAUGUAAUAGAUCACAGUAAACACAGAUGUUUAUAGCUAAUUGAGGGCAAUGUUAAAAAAAAUCAUUCACAAAGUUUCCCCUGAUACAAUAAAGCAAAAGUUCUUACAUGGCCAACAAGUUAAUAAGUGCUUUGCUAACCUGUGUGACAUAAGCUACCAUGUAAAAGUCAACCUGUUGGACUGCUGGUGAUGUCCAAUAAAACCAUGCAAGAUAGAUCUGAAUACUACAUACACCAAAAUAUAACUAACCCACGCAAAACUGGCUUUUACUGACAAGAUGCUUCUUGAGUUUGUUGACAAAUGCCUCACUUACUUUGUUAAUCUCUUAUGUAGCCACAAUGGCCAUCUUACAGUUACUAUUCCUGUCUUACUUAUUCAGCACAACAAUUUGCAGAAUAAGUCUUAAUUCAGUUUCACCUCAAGGGAAAAACUAGUACCAAAAUAAGGCAUCAAAGGACAGAUGCUGACAACAUUGCAUAUUCGCUGCAUUUGUUGCUGCAAUGAUUUUCCUUCUCUCAAUUUAGCACAAAUCAUCUAAAAAUUAUUGCAAUGUUUUUAGAGUAAAAAACACAAGUAUGAUUUAAUGAAACGCUGCUGGUCUAGUAGUAUUUUGGUAGACCCGCAGCGUAUCAGCAUACGUCACUGAUGCCUCACCAGCAGGUCUUCACAGUGUCAGGCACAUUUCAGUGCAAUAAAUAAUCAUCAACAACUAUUAAUCUGAGUUAGCACAUACAUUUAGAUCUAUAUAGAUAUAUUCUGAUCUAUAUCUGAUCUGAUGAGCGCGUUUGGCACGCGUGGACACACAACCUGACCGAAUCAACACAGCUGAAACCGCAUUAAAUUGAAUUAAAUAUCUAGUAAACAGACACACAUGAUGAAGUUAUUUACUUUAAGCCUACAUACGGAUAUUAUAAUAUUCAUUUUUGUGAGGUAAAUUUAUUUUUUAUGCCAACAUAUAUGAAAGAAAGAGCCAGGCCACGGAGCGCAAUGCGUCAUUUACGCACAGAUGGUUCUGAUUUUAAUGCCAUUUUUGGAGUUAAUGUUGUGAUCUGUGUGCACAACCCACCUUUGUCACGUGAGGUUUGAAUAUAUGCAACUUUAUGUGAGUGUCUUUAUUUGUGGAAAAGGGUGUUUGUCUUACAAGUGGGUCCAACAUUACACAGACCAAAUCCAUCUGUGCUCAUAUGAGAGAGUGUGGAGGACGCCCAAUGCAAAGCUUACAGUGACACUUGUUGAGGAGCUGCCCUCUGUCGCCAUCUUGUGGCAUUACUGUCUUCAGACAUCUCUUGAUCUCUUUGACUACUUCACAAAAAUGGUAAUACACCUUGCCUGUGGCGGAUUUAAAGGCAAGGAGAGGAGCUUCUGUGAUUGGUGAAAACAGGUCUCGACUGUGUUAAACCCAUUCCGCGCCCUAGCUUCUCCCUCACUACGACUUACGCCGCUGGGAGGAGCUGAGUUAGGGAGGGGGGAUACUUACGCCGGGCUGCACCGCUCACCAAAAUACCAAAUUGUGCUUGGGAACGUCUUGUCAGCGCGGUGGACCUGACUUACGCCGCGCUUGCGGCACGUCUCCGGCGAGGCAUGAAUAUAGAGUCCAUGAUGUCUUUAUGAAAUGACUACAAGAGCAGAGCAAGAAUCCUAAAAUCAAAUAAAUAUAUCUGCCCAAACAGCAGGUUAGAUACUUGAGUAGUUGCUAAAGGAAUUAACCCUGUUACCUCCAGAUGUUAAACUGGCUUGGCAAUAUAAUGAAACAUAUAAUGCUGCUGUAAUUGUUACAUCAGAGGUCUGUACUGACACAAAAUGCUGUUUGAGAUAUGACAGUUUCUUAUGCAACACCCUAAUCAGUCUGUGACUGAUUCUUGAAUGACUUUACCAUUUGAAUGUGUUAUUUAUGCAAAAAUCUAAUGUAGUACACCACAUUUUCACAACUCUACAGGUAAAAGAAAAAAUAAACAGUAAAUCAAAGACUCUUCAUGAAAUAAUACAGCUGAUUUGUUUUUGUUUUUAUCUCCACAGCCAUGUCAUCUACCUUUGUGGACAGCUGUGACUUUGAGGAGGACAACAUCUGUGGGAUGAUUCAGGGUCCUGGAAACAGACACUGGCAGCAGCUUAGCUCUGUUAGUGGAGGGCCUCAGACUGACCUCUCCAACACGGGACAAUGCAAAGGUAGGGUCUGUAUUUGCCGUUCAAAUAGCUAGUUGCUGGAUGAUAAAUCUGGAAUCUAAAACCUCUCUUUUUAAAUAAACGACUCAAGUGGUUCUGGAUAUUCCCCCUAUGAUGGCGACAGUAGAACAUUUUUUUAUGACCGCAGACUGUACACAUUAACAUCUCUGUGUAGUUGCUGUUGCUCAUUUAACAGUUAUAUAAAAAAGCUGAUAUCCUUAUCUUAUCCAUUUGAAGUCUAAGGAUAUUUCAAAGUAAAGUUUCCUUGUUCAAGGUAUAUCAUAUAAAUUAUGGCUCAAACAUCCUUCAGUUCUGUCUUUCCCUCCUCACAGGAAAAGGUUUCUUCAUGCACUUCAGCACAGUGUCUGCUGAACCUGGAGACCAUGCAUUUCUGGAGAGCCGUUGGCUUUACCCCAAACCUGGAGCCCAGUGUCUGCAGUUCUUCCUUUAUAACAGCGGUGCAAGCGAUGAUGUUCUUAAUAUCUGGGUACAAGAGUAUGACCAGGAAAACCCCAGUGGUAGAAUGAAGCUCUCCAAGAGUAUCUCAGGUAAUAAAUGUGAAAUAACAUGCAUAUGCCAGAAUUAACUGUAAGGAAUUUACCCCUCCAUGACUACAGUGGCUCCACAUAACACUUUGACUGCAUUAAUAUUUACCAGGGUUUGUUUUCAACCAGUUCAAGUAAAUAUAAUUUGAUCAAAGUUAUUUAGAGAUUUUAGCCGUGACCACCAGAAACCAGUACGUCAUCUUUGUAGGUGGAGUCAUGGGCUCCUGGGAACUGCACAACAUCGAGCUGGAUGUGAAAAACAAGUCCCGUGUGGUCUUUGAAGGGGUACGGGGAAAUGGUCCAUCCACAGGAGGUUUCUCCUUGGAUGACAUUAAUCUGUCAUCCACCAAGUGUCCUCAGCACAUCUGGCACAUCCGCAACAUAACUCGCUUGAUGAACACCACACCAGUAGGAAGUAAACUUUACAGCCCUCGAUUCCUGUCACCAUCAGGAUACUCAUUCCAGGUGAAUGGUACACUUGUAUUUCAUCCCCUCACUUUUAAGUGUAUGAAUAUGUUAAUAUAUGUUAAUAUGUUAGCUAACUUUUUAAUCAAAACAUCUGCAGCUCAAGUCUCAACUUCAAAGUUUUUUGGUUUUGGAGAGGUGAAAUCCAUAGACUACAACUGUUCAGCAUGUUUACUGUUGCUGAGCAAUAACUGGAUAUUCUUUUCACCGGGGAGGCAUGACGCAAAUCAUUUAUUACAAGAUUUUUUUUUAAAAGCUGUCAUGCACCCAGACUGACAAACUUAGCAGAUUCAUACACUGAGGCAAAAAUUUUACAAUUGCAAGAUAGUAACACAGUAAGAUAAGAUAAGAUACUCCUUUAUUAGUCCCACAAAGGGAAAUUCCCAUUUAAUGGCAGUGCAAUAGAGUGGUUGGCUACUUUUUACUAGUUGCUUUCUUCAUUUUGACCAUGACUUCUUUGGUCUGUAGGUAUGUGUGUAUCUUAAUGGAAGAAGUGACUGUCCAGGCUACAUGGCCAUCUUCCUCCAUCUGACCUCAGGCCCAAAUGACCACAACCUUAAGUGGCCGUGCCCGUGGCAAAUGGGGACUAUGGCCCUGAUGGAUCAGCAGUCUGAUGUCAGACAGCAGAUGAACAUGCACCGCAUGGUCACCACAGACCCCAACAAGAUGUCGUCUGAUGGUAUGGACCUGUUCUGCCAAAUAGUGUAAUAGAUUAACGAGAGGAGAUAAUCAUUCAACUCUCACAAUAUUUUAACUCUGACCAUAAACAUUUUCAAAAACCCAACCAUGUAGGAUUUUGAGCAUUAAUACAGCCACGUGAUUGGCUAUUAGGAUGUAACUGAUAGGCAGAGGCUGCAUUACAGAGAGCCAAUCAGUCCUAACUGAUCUCAUUCACAUUCCUUAAGCUAUGCUAAGUGCAUGUGGUUUGGUCUGGUGAGUACUGCAUUAUACUGCCAGCCCUCUGAUUGAUGUCAGUCAUCACUUCCAAUUCAGAGAAAACUGACUUCCCCACUGAGCUACAAAUAAAAGGGUCAAAUAAAAGGAAUUCAUCCAAGUGGACUUUUACUUUGGAUGAGAGCAGAAAUUUCUCUUACUUCUGGGUGAAAAAAGGGUCCUUGUAGAAAGUCCUCAUAGCAGAUUUAUAGAAAGUGUGCAUGCUCUGAAUGACAGCUAGUCAUAGAAGAGAAGAACAGGAUUUCACUGAUAUGAACCAAGUUUGGUGAGACAUACUUGAAGGGUGUCUUAUUCAUUUUCUAACACUACAGCCAGUCUUCAUAUUUGUUAAACUGGAUUUUUUUUUUUCCCCACAGGAAGUGAGUACUACUGGGAUGACCCCAGAAAGGUGGGCUCUAAAGUGACCUCAUCAGAUGGCAGCUCUUACUAUCGAGGCCCAGGUUGGGGGAUAAACACCUUCAUCACCCACAGCAGACUGAAGAGCAGAAACUACAUCAAAGGCGAUGAUGCUUUCUUCCUCCUCAGUCUGGAAGGUGUGGAGUCUCUCAGACACAGGAUAGGACCAGGACUUUAAACACAAAUGAACCCUCAACAAAGAUCCUCUGUCUCUUUUUGUCUCUAGAUAUUUCUGAUCUGCUGGAGUCUCAGCCUCCUCCAGAUGAUGCCAUGUUGAAGGCUGCAGACCAAGAUGCUCCACAGAGGGCUGCUAAUAACCCAGCUGUGGUAACAGCCAUCGCAGGGACUGUGGGGGCAGUCACAUUGCUGCUUUGUGCGCUGAUCUUGGCAAAAACCUGGAAGAUAAGCAGGUGAGGGGGCAUGCCAGGGUUCAUGGGAGGGAUUGUGGUCUUAGGAUUAGCCAAGAUAAUAGAAAUCUAGGCUUAUAAUAUUUCACAGUGCUGAUUUAGGCCAUGCAUCUGAAGCAAAGUGCCAUGUCUCCAAUAUUAAAUGUGUCUCUGAUAUUUUUUACAGGAAAACCCAACAAAAGGGUUACCGUUCUCUCUCAGUCAAUGACGUCUGA